AUGACAACUGGGGAUGGCCACGAGCUUACCCCCGUCUUUGGACCAGGUUUCACGGGGUUGGCUAAUUUGGGGAAUAGCUGCUAUCUCUCGAGUGUCCUACAAUGUCUUUUUGACCUACCGGAAUUUCAGCGCAGGUAUUAUCGGGAAAAUGAUGAGCCGCCAUUUACUCCAACCCCGGCAGAAGAUCUUGAAACACAGAUAAGAAAGCUUGCUGAUGGCAUACUCUCUGGCCGUUAUUCUCUGCCUGACAAUACUGCCGUUGCAACACCUGAUUCACCCAAAGUCUCACAUCAGAGAAGCUUAGUGCCGACUAUGUUCAAACACCUUGUCGGUCGUGGCCACGAAGAAUUUUCCACUAUGAGGCAACAGGAUGCUUUCGAGUUUUUGCUUCACAUCUUUAAAACUAUUAAUUUGUCGAAACACCCGCAAGGAUUGGAGAACCCUAUCAAAUAUUUCAGUUUCGCUAUGGAGCAACGCAUUCAAUGCCUGUCCUGCAAGAGGGUUCGCUAUAAGGUGGAUGAACAAGACAACGUUUCUAUCCCUGUCCCUGCGCGUCGUUUGGCUCCACCAAACGAGCCAUCUGUCGGUCAGUUCGCACCAGUGGGGUUUUAUGAGUGCUUGGACGCUUUCACCGCUGAAGAGAAAGUCGAGCUUGUCUGUCCUUGUUGUGGCAGCGAGGAUGGCUUCAUUAAACGGUCUAAGUUCAGAUCACUGCCGCUGCAACUGGUCGUGAACGCUCGACGAUUUGAACUAAUCGACUGGGUCCCUACUAAGUUAGACAUCCCAGUGGAAGUGAGCGAAGGCUCAUUGGACUUUAGCACUUAUAUUUCCUCGGGCCAAAAGCCGGGUGAAGAGUUGCUCCCUGAUAUGGAUGAUUAUGCUGAAGUAUUCAUACCUAACGAGAUUGCUAUGGAUCAGCUCCUUGGUAUGGGAUUCCCUAGAGCAAGAUGUGAAAAGGCACUUCAUAUGACUGGCAAUUCCGAUUCAGAAGCUGCAUUGAAUUGGUUGUUCGCUCAUUUAGAGGACGAAGAUAUUGAUGAACCGAUUAGAAUUGGACAGGUAGGAAGUAUGUUGGAUUCACCACUCAAUGCUGGGAAGGUGGCACAGCUAGGUGAAAUGGGAAUUGAAGAAUCUCAUGCAAAAAAGGCAUUGGAAGCCACUGGGGGUGAUAUCGACAGGGCUCUUGAUUGGGUUUUUAGUCAUCCAAAUAAUGAUGAUGAUAGGAGCCGUCAACCCGACGCCGCUUCUAGCAACCAUCUGCGCAAUCUUGGUUUUGAGUCUACCCCAGCAAAUUAUCAGCUUCGUGCAAUUGUGUGUCACAAGGGCUCCUCAGUACACGCAGGGUAA